AUGGAAGAGUCCGGUUGUGGAAGUCUCUGGGAUAACAUUAGUUGCUGGCCUGCUGUAAAUUACGGGGAAACGAAAGUGCUGUCCUGCCCACUCCUUUUCACCUACUUUUCAAAAAUUCAAGGUCGUAACAUCAGCAGGAACUGCACCAGGGAUGGCUGGUCAGAAAUUUAUCCUGCCCCCUAUCCCGUGGCUUGUGGGUAUAACUCCAACAUGACAACCACUGAGGAACAGAGUGUCAUCUUUUACGGCACAGUGAAAACCGGAUACACAAUCGGACACAGCUUGUCUCUCAUUGCUUUAGCAGCUGCCAUGAUGGUCCUCUGCGUCUUCAGGAAGUUGCACUGCACCCGGAAUUACAUCCACAUGCAUCUGUUUAUGUCCUUCAUCCUGCGUGCCGUGGCUGUCUUCAUCAAGGACAUCAUUUUGUUUGAAAACGGAGAAUCGGAGUAUUGCUUCGUAGGCUCGGUGGGUUGCAAAGCUGCGAUGGUGUUUUUCCAGUACUGCAUCAUGGCUAAUUUCUUUUGGCUUCUGGUCGAGGGCUUGUAUCUUCACACCCUCUUGGUCAUCUCCUUCUUUUCAGAGAAGAAAUACUUCUGGUGGUACAUUGUCAUAGGCUGGGGUGCUCCAAUGCUUUUCAUCUUGGCUUGGACCAUCACGAGGAUACACUAUGAAAAUAAGGGUUGCUGGGAUUUAAUCGAAUCUCCAUAUUGGUGGAUUAUCAAAGCUCCCAUUUUGGUUUCUAUAUUGGUCAAUUUCGUGCUCUUUAUUUGCAUCAUUCGGAUCCUGGUUCAGAAGCUUCACUCUCCAGAUGUCGGGCGAAACGAAGCAAGCCAAUAUUCGAGACUAGCCAAAUCCACUCUUCUUCUGAUCCCUCUGUUUGGCAUCCAUUACACCAUAUUUGCCUUUUUCCCGGACACGGUCAAGAAAGAAGUGCUGUACGUCAAACUGGUCUUCGAACUUAUUUUGGGGUCCUUCCAGGGCUUCGUGGUCGCUGUGCUGUAUUGUUUCAUCAAUGGCGAGGUUCAAGCCGAAAUGAAACGCAAGUGGCGUAGGUGGCACCUGGAACGCUUCCUGGGUUCGGAUAUGAAGUAUCACCACCCGUCCGUCGGAAGCAGCGGCACCAAUUUUAGCACCCAGAUCUCCAUGCUGGCCACCUGCAGCCCCAAAACUCAACGCAGCUCCACUUUUCAAGCCGAAAAGACACUGGUUUGAGAAGCCUGACCAGCUAACCACGCCUGGCGUAUAAGAUGCAAAGAAAGGCGAUGGCAACAGUAUUUGGCAUUAUUA